UCUUCUUUGUUUUUUUGUUGCUUUUUUAUUCAUAUUCUGCUGUUAGGUAAAGGAGUAAACUAUACCAAACUCCUUUGGCACUGUAAGAGCCUCGCCCCUUAACCAGGUCUCGAGUUCGAGUCUGGGAAUGAAAAAAAAUAAAAUUAGGAGAGCCGUCCUGAAAGAGUCCGACAGUGCUCGAUGGAGAUCAGUCUUCGAUUACUCCGGAGGAUAUUCUUGAGAUUACUCAACAAAAAAUAAAGUAGUAAACUUGUUACCAUAGUAGUUAAUUGCGAAGCAAUAGCGCCGCGAGCCGCGCCGUAUGGGCGUUGCGGGCCAAGCCGCGUCGCACUAGAAUGCAAUAGCGGCCAUCACGGUCACAUUUGCAGCCAAAUCACUACCAUAUUGUUGUCGUAAAGCAAAAUGUCAAUUUUAUUCUAAAUUUAUGUGUGUAACAGAAUAAAUUUUAAGGGUUUUUUAGUCUAUCUGCAUCUCUGUUUGUCACUUCUGCUAUAUCUGCCUUUGAAAAAUGUUUUUUUUUGUCAUUAUUUAUGUUAUAUAUUUAUUCCGCUAUUUCCGUAACCGAAACCCGCUAUAGAGCUAUUGCGUUUUUCGGGAUUGGCCGCGACAUACCGCAAUCCACAUUUGAUAACUUUGCUUGUUACCUAGUUGAAUUUCUGCUUCAGAGAAUGUGUUAAGUUUGUGGUUGAAGAGAUGUUGAUUGGUCACACAGAUCACCUAUCAGAGCUGAGGUCAUCAAGGGAUCAGAUACUUGCAGACCCUCUAUCGGAAUCUGGCGAUGAUGAAGACUCAGAGGAAGCUUGUUUGGAACAGAUACUGUAUUCAGCAUCCUUUGAAGAACUUGCAAGCAGUAGCAUUAAAUAUGAUACGGUCAUUUGGCUUUGUAUAUCAUUACUGCUGGUUUUAGCUUGGGGAAUUGGUCUUAUUAUGUUGCUUUACCUUCCCAUUAGGAGAUAUGUGCUUCGAAAGGAUUUGUCCUCUCGAAGAUUAUUUGUUACACAUACUGAAAUAGUUUACAAGGUGUCAAGGCCUUCAUUUUUACCUUUUUGGGGCACCGUAACAAUUGAGAGGCGUGUACCGCUUGCUCUGGUGAUUGACAUUAUUAUUGAGCAAGGUUGCCUGCAAUCUAUAUAUGGUAUCCAUACUUUUCGAGUUGAAAGUAUUGCAUAUGGAAAAGCUGCUCCUGUAGAUGAACUACAAGUUCAAGGAAUUUCUGACCCUGAUCUUUUGAGAAAGGUGAUCAUAAGAGAAGCUUCGAAGAUCUCAAGAGAUGUAAGUAAAAGCGGGAAGCCUACUGCUCCAAGCAGAGAUGUGGAAAACUUGACUCGUAUGCCAGCAACAGCUGAGGGAUCAGUUUAUUUGAGAUCACCAUCAAAAAGUUGGAAGAUGGCAGCCUCACCGCGUUCUUCUUCACUAGAGCGCAGAGUAGGCGGAGGAUUGCUUCUUAAUAAACUUGAAGAAGUCAACAAAUCAGUUAAGAGACUUGAGUUGCUUAUUGAGAAGUCACAUGCUUCCCCUGCCAGCAGCAGCUGAAGUAGGGUACCAUUAGUCAGCGCCACAAGAAUUGAAUUGAAUUGAAGGGAGUUGAGUUUCCAAAUUAGUAGUACCUUGUUUAUAACUAUGGAAAUAGGAUAUGAUAUUGUAAUUAUCUUAUUGCCACUCAGUUACUGUUUUGAUUGAUUGUAUACAACCCUGGCUGAGGAUUGUAGAUGUUAAG